AUGGACAUUACUGCGCUCACCCCUUGGGAUGGACUUGGCGAUGCAGAUCCUGUGGAUGCAGUUGUUCGCAAAGAAAGGGAUGAAGAUGAGGGUAUGGGCAAUGAAGAGGAGGAUGAGGAUGAAGGGAGUGGUGAAGGCACAGGAGAUGUCAUCGAUUUCAUAGGGGACGACUCGGUGGACUGGACGUCAAUGCCAAUGAACAUCGACGGCAUUGAAGCACAAGGUUUAUCCCAUCUCCUCAUACCUAUCACUUCAGCUGCGUUAUCUUCCUCUUCGACAAGCAUCAUCACUCCAAUAUCCCAUAUCACACCACAGCAUGGCAUUUUACCACGAAGUGCGCAUCUUGCACCCUUCUCCACCAGACGCACAUGCUACUACACAAUUGUUUCUGCCAGGGCGCAUAUCGUAGCCACCGGACUGUCAAAACAUAUCGUGCGAAGCGUUGCUCUUGGGGAGGAGUUUGCCGUCAGUGGGAGCUAUGAUUUAACCAUUAAGGUGUGGGAUAGGAAGACAGGGGCGCUGGUGGCUGACAUGAGGAAGGAUAUUUUGUAUUGUUUCGUGCAGGGAGAUCAGAGGAUCUGUAUUUGGGAUUUCUCACAUGGAAUUGAUACAUCUUUCAUCAAACUGUAG